AUGCAAGAUUCAGCAUCCCGAGAUCCACUUCCAAAAGGAGAGAAAGAAUUAUGCAUUCUGAUAAAAACACUUGUCACGCCCGACGCUUGCUACCGAAACAAUGGCCAUCUGCAGCAACUCCAUUCCGCUCGCGUCCAACUGAGCGAGCCUCCACGUGAAGAAGCGCCGAAGCUCCUCGCCCAGGAGGCGUUCACCUCCGCGCUAACUCGUUGCGCCUACGUCACGCAUCACGCCAUACGCAAGUGCGUACGGCGCGGCGCGGCGCGGCGCGGCGCGGUGCCGCUGCGGCCAAUUAAGGAAUGUGAUAUAGCAAUAAGACUUUUUUUUCUCCUGAGCCGAACCUUGUGGUCUCUUUUCCGCGGCUUUGAUGCGAUGGAGAGACCAUUUGGGGUUUCCUUCAAAGACUUCAAGGAAGACCCAAGGGAACCUGGAAAGGCUAUAUACCAGAUAAGGAAGGCGCUCUGCCUCAGCUGGGCGCCGCGCCGGUGGAACGCGGAUUGGGUAGACUGCGUCGCGCCGCGCCGCGUCGUGUCGCGUUACCACGCGCGCACGGCCGUGUCCGCGGCGAGGACGGCAGACGACAGCGACUCCCCAAGGCGACGAGGAGCCACUCCCCUGGAUGUGGGUCAGGUCCACACUCGUCGACCCGGGUCCAGGCGGCGAAACGCGCAAUGGGCGGCGGCUGUGGAGGAGGAGGAGGAGGGGGGAAGCGGGGAGGAGGAGGAGGAGGAGGUGGAGGAGGAGACGGAGGAGGAGGAGGGGGUGGAGGAAGAGGAGGAGAAGGAAGAGGAGAAGGAGGAGCGGAGGGGGAAGAGGGGAGGAGGAGGAGGAGGAGGAGGAGGUGGUGCGUUUUCGACGGUCGGCGCGUUACGGCAGUACCAGGUCACAAGGACACCUGCGCACGAGAAUUUCCCCUGGCCAGUGCGCGCUGCAACGCCCAGGCACCGGCUUCUUCCGCACGCGGUCGCCCCAGGCUGCGGACGCACGAGCUGGACCAGGAGCUCGGAGCGGGGGGAAGGAGAGGAGGGGCGGGGCGAGGAGGAGUUGGGCGGGGAGGCAUGUUACACGUAUCCUGUGCGCAUGUCUUUCGUUCUACUGCGAGUGACGAUGGGACGCGGCGCGGCCGAGCAAUCAGCAGAGAAAGCGGCGAGGCCGGCGGCGGGUGCUCCAGUUCGACCGCGGGCGGCAGCGCCGCGCUGCGGAUCUCGCGAGGAAGGAAGCCGCGGCCGAAAUCCUUGCCAGACGACUCGCUGCGUCCUCACAGCCACUCUGCGUUGGAGUUCGCACGUUGUUCGAUAUGGUGAAUUUUAA